UUGGAUGUGAAUGAACGGGAGGAGAGAUGCUGCUGCCGCGCCGCUCCUAACGCUCAGACCUCCAGCUCCACGGACCACAGCAGGUAGAUGCCAACUCUCCAGGCCGACGGAGAGACGGGGGAGCCUGGGGGAAGGUGUCGGGCGGUGCCGGCGGUCCUGAACGGAACGAGGGAGAGAGAGAAGUAGAGGGGAGAAGGGAAGACGCACUCGAGGGAGAAAGUGAGAGAGAAUAGGCAGAGGUGGAAGAGGGAGAAAGGAGGGAGAGACAGAAAGGAAGAGACUAAAUGGCUGUACCGCUACCGGGCUUCAACCCGCUCCUGCUCUUGUCUCUGGCACUUCACCUGCUUCUCCUCGGCCCUUUGUUCGCCCUCACCCCGGGGACGGUGAAUACAGGAGGGGCUUCCAACCGAUGGACCCCGGGCCUCUGUUACCGAGACGCCGGUAAAGUGAGCCAGCAGCAGCAGCGCGAAGAAGCAGGGGAGUCGCCGAGGGACAGCUGGAAUCUACGCCCCAGUAGGUGGACCGUAGAGCGGAUACAGACUGUGGGAUGCUCUGGAGUGCAGCGCGCAGGGGGCACGCUGGGAGGAUAUCACCACGAUGGGGCGAGGGGGACACGGAAAGGAGUCGGGACGUUUUGGAGGAGUGGAAACGGCCCUCCGGCACCAUCAUUACCGCCUCCUCCUCUCCACCCGAGUAUUAGGAGCAGGUCGAGCUCUGAUGGCGUCGGCGUAAGAGAGGGAGUGGAGGGAGGGAGGAUGAGGAGGAAGGGCGUUGUUUCUCCUCCUGCUUCACCUGCUUUCACCUACUCACCGGUUCAAAACGGCAAAAAACGGGCAGUACAAAGGACUAGAGCGUGCGCGCAACGGUGGCCGGCGUCGGGGCCACACCUCGCCAAACGUGGCGCCGCCAGAGCCUUUGUGCACGCCUCUGGCCUGUGCAGGGCACCCGGAAGUGUAGAGAUGAAAGGGGGAGAGGUGUGGGAGAGGGCUCGUGAGGUUAGGAGGCUCUUAGCUACAUGGAGCUCCCUGACACCUGGGCAUCUCUGCUGGUCAAGCUCCGACAAACAAGCCCUCUCCCCGGCAAACAACCCCUCACUUGGCCCCUUGCCAACCGGUUGCUCUUGUUGCAUUCAUCCUCUUUCUGGAUACAAUUCACUACACAGUGAAGCUUCAAACUACACCUUCAAAUAUUACCCCCAAUUCACCAACAAUUCAGACUGUAUCCAGGAAUCAAAAUUGGAGUACAUUUGUCAUUUUUCAACUUGUAAUUCCUCCCAGACCGGCCACACAGAUAAAAUUCAGCCGCAUCCAGUUUACAGGAACAGCAACUAUAACAAGGCUCGGAAUGCUGAUGGGGGCUCGGCCAGCAUGGACAGGAGGGCUGGUAAUUGUUCUCAUUUAGGAAGGCACAAUGUUAUCGAUCCCAGCAGUAUUAGAGAGGGGGGUGAUGAUAGCUGUUUGGCUGGGUGUAUUAGGUGCAGGGAUAGGGGGACGAGGAGUGCGGGAGAUGAGGAGGAGGGGAAGGAAACGUACAGAUGUAGCUCACCGGCAGUGAUUAACCCCAAUACCUGGGCGCACCAAUAUUGGUGUGGAUUCCCUGUCAGUGAGGUGAAAUCAGUGUAUUACCACGCCAGAAUUAUAGAUAAGAAGAGGGAGGGGAAUGAUGGACGAGGAGGAGGGGUGAACCAAGGCUACAAACACAUUAAUUUAUCUAAUUAUGCGGAUAAUGAUUUGGCUUUUCCGAUUCAGACGCGCCUAUGUAAGGCUGAUAAUGAGCUUCCGCAGGGGAAAUCAGCACCAGUAACCAGAGGGCAGAGCAGCCAAACCCGGGGAGAAAGCAGGGAGGUUGCCGGUGGUUGCUUUAGUUGUUUGGACAGAAUAGAAAUGGGGGGUGGAUAUUUAGCCGAGUUUAUGGUCCCGCAGGGAGUCAUAGCUCAGAGGAAUCUCCCCAUCCAAUUUCCCCCCAUCAGCAUCACAGAGGCGUCCGGACAACGAUUUCUAUCCAACAAAAGCGCAAUUCCCAAAAUUGCAUCAAAAUGUUCUGGACUGGUGCUCAAUACGCCCCCUCAAACACAAACAGCUGAUUAUUCAGAAAGUGGAAAACUAUACAAACUGCUCUGUCUAUCUGCUGAAAAAGUAAAAGCAAGUUCAGAGACAGAGUCUGCCGGUGACUCAGGCUUUUUCUUGCCUGUGAAGUUUCCAGUUAAAUCUCCCACGUCUCGAUCUGCAACAGCACUCACACCACGUUUUAUCACUCAGCAUGAUGACACCACGGCAAAACACCUCUCGUUUUUCAAGGAAAUUAACUCAUCGCAGGAUGACUCUGCACGUUCGCUUCACUUAUCCUCUGUGAUCUCAGCACCACGGACAGCUUCCCCAGACUCCCAGCAAGUGUUUUUGUGGAGCAAAUUCAACAGCAACAGUAAUAACAACAACGAAGAGGAGGCAAGCAAAGAAAAAAAUGGAUAUAGUCAUGAAUCUGAAGUAGAAAAAUUGCCAUGGCAUGGUCAGACACAGCAACAAGACCUGUGGGAGACCGCACUGCGAGAGAUGGUCAAGGCAGGCUGCGCUGACAGCAUUUCCACCGACUGUUCGGCCACCAAACAGAGGGAUCACGCACAUAUGCAAUUAAAAUCUGGUAAGCAAGUGUCAUUAGAGCCUGAAGGUGUCAGGCAGUCAGAUAGGCGGCAGAUGGGGGCCGAGAGGGAGAGCGAGGCAGAGAGGGAGGGAGAGGGUUUUGAGGGGUCCGCUGCUGUUGCUGUUGGGGGAGGAAAAUUACAGGUGGGGGAGGGCAAGAGAGAGGCGCGGUUGAUGGGAGGCAGAGAACCAUGGGGAAAAGAGCAAGAAGAGGAGGAGAGGGAAAAGAGAAUAACAAAGGCAGGCCAGGCAGAGGAGAGAGAGGCAGAGAGAGGGAAGGGUCAGGAUAGGGGCAGUAGCAGCACCACCAUCAUACAGCCAAAUCGUGAAAAAGGGAAGACAGAGAGCCAGGCAGAUGAAAGCCAUGAGGUUGGAAAGGGGGAUGAAAGGGGGGUGGAAGGGGAGGAGGAGGGACACAGUACAAGGGGAGAGAGGAGCCUGGAACGACUGAUAAUAGUAGCAGAUGAUGAAAUCUCACAGGGAGAAAGGGGGAGAAAGAUUUUGAUGCCAUGGCCUCGCUCUCGACGUGCAGCCAACAGACAUCCCCAUUUCUCCCAGUAUAACUUCCAAGUGCAAGUAGCUGAGAACCAACCACCCGGCACCUCAGUCAUCAUCAUGUCCGCCUCAGACCCAGAUGCAGGAGAUGCAGGCAGGGUGAGCUACUCCAUGGCACCACUGAUGAACAGUCGAUCAUCUGAUUACUUUCACAUCCACCCAGACACUGGGAUCAUCACCACCACUCAGAUUCUAGACAGAGAACACAUGGAUUUGCAUUACUUCCGGGUCACAGGGACAGAUUACGGCUCCUCUCGCCUCUCAGGUACCACAAUGGUGGCCAUUACUGUUGCAGACCGGAAUGAUCAUUCUCCUAUAUUUGAACAGAAAGAGUACAGGGAGACGAUCAGGGAGAAUGUAGAGGAGGGGUAUCCCAUCCUACAGCUGAGAGCUACAGACUUAGACUCCCCAUCCAAUGCCAAUAUCCGUUACCGCUUUAUCGGUGACACAAUUGCAAUGGCACGAGCGGCCUUUGAGAUUGACCCACGCUCUGGCCUCAUUACAACCCGUGGAGCGGUGGACAGGGAAACCAACGAGCACUACACUCUACAGGUGGAGGCCAGUGAUCAGGGGAAGGAACCAGGGCCACGCUCUGCUACUGUUAAAGUGUUCAUUGAUGUUUUAGAUGAAAAUGACAAUGUCCCACAAUUCAGCGAAAAGCGCUAUGUGGUAGCAGUGAAGGAGGAUGUUCGGCCUCACUCUGAUAUCCUCCGUGUGAGUGCCACAGACUUGGACAAGGACAGUAACGCUGCUGUUCACUAUAAUAUCAUCAGCGGGAACAGCCGUGGACAGUUUUCCAUCGACAGUGUCACUGGGGAGAUACAUGUUGUGGCACCGCUAGACUAUGAGGCCGAACGGGAGUAUACGCUUCGUGUUCGUGCACAGGACAAUGGCCGGCCACCUCUCUCCAACAACACCGGUAUUGUCAGUGUACAAGUUACGGAUGUCAACGACAACCCGCCAAUCUUUGUCUCCACACCGUUCCAGGCAUCUGUGCUCGAAAGCGCUCCAGUUGGUAGCUCCAUCCUCCAUAUUCAGGCCAUUGAUACCGAUUCUGGUGAUAAUGCCCGAUUGGAGUACAGGUUAACUGGCACCAGCUCUGACACACCAUUUAUUAUCAAUUCUGCAACAGGCUGGGUCACUGUGCGCUCCAUUCUUGACCGAGAAUCUGUGGAGCAUUAUUUCUUUGGCGUGGAGGCCAGGGAUUAUGGCAUGCCGCCCCUUUCCGCUACAGCAAGUGUUACAAUUACAGUGAUGGAUGUUAAUGACAACCGGCCUGAGUUCCUCCAAAGGGAGUACUAUUCUCGCCUGAAUGAGGACGCGUCGGUUGGCACCAGUGUAGUGAUUGUGACGGCUGUGGACCGUGAUGUCAACAGUGCAGUGACCUAUCAGAUAACAGGAGGAAACACCAGAAACCGCUUUGCCAUUAGCACAGCAGGCGGGUCUGGACUUCUCUCGUUAGCUCUCCCAUUGGACUACAAACAGGAGAGGCGUUACGUUCUAACAGUUACUGCCUCAGAUCGCACACUCCACGACACCUGCCAGGUGCACAUCAACAUCACAGACGCCAACACUCAUCGCCCGGUUUUCCAGAGUGCACACUACUCUAUUAGUGUGAAUGAGGACCGACCACCUGGAAGCACUGUAGUUGUGAUCAGUGCCACCGAUGAUGAUGUUGGUGAAAAUGCUCGAAUCACAUACUUCCUUGAGGACAACAUCCCCCAAUUUCGCAUCGACACCGCCAGCGGGGCAAUAACGCUCCAGGCAGAGCUCGACUAUGAGGAUCAGAUGACCUACACUUUGGCUAUAACAGCUAAAGACAACGGCAUACCGCAGAAAGCAGACACAACAUAUGUGGAGGUGAAUGUGAAUGAUGUGAAUGACAAUUCUCCUCAGUUCCUCAGCCCCAGAUAUCAGGGGACAGUGAGCGAAGAUGCCCCUCCCUUCACCAGUGUCCUCCAAAUCUCAGCCACUGACCGUGACGCACACGCUAAUGGUCGUGUUCAGUACACCUUCCAAAAUGGCGAAGACGGGGAUGGAGACUUUACCAUUGAACCUACAUCUGGCAUCGUCCGAACUGUGCGGCGUUUGGACCGCGAGAGUGUGCCAUUCUAUGAACUCACCGCCUAUGCCGUAGAUCGUGGGGUGCCUCCUCAGCGAACCCCCGUUCACAUCCAGGUGACGGUCCUAGAUGUGAACGACAAUGCCCCUGUCUUCCCUGCUGAUGACUUUGAGGUUCUAGUGAAGGAAAACAGCGCAGUGGGCUCCGUAGUAGCCCAGAUCACGGCCACUGACCCGGAUGAAGGGGCCAACGCUCAGAUUAUGUACCAAAUCGUGGAGGGCAACAUCCCUGAGAUAUUCCAGAUGGACAUCUUUUCAGGGGAGCUCACUUCACUCAUUGAUCUUGACUAUGAGGCCCACAAUGAGUAUGUCAUCGUAGUCCAGGCCACCUCCGCACCUCUAGUCAGCCGGGCCACUAUCCGGAUCCGAUUGGUGGAUCAGAACGACAACCGGCCCACUCUGCAGGACUUCCAAAUCAUUUUCAACAACUUCGUGUCCAAUCGGUCCAACAGUUUCCCCAGUGGGGUAAUUGGAAGAGUACCAGCGCAUGAUCCUGAUGUGUCAGACAGGCUGUACUACACCAUUGACCGAGGGAACGAGCUUCACCUGCUGCUCCUGAAUCACACCAGCGGAGAGAUCCGACUGAGCCGAAAACUGGAUAACAACAGGCCGCUCGUGGCUCCCAUGCUGAUCACUGUCACAGUUAGCUCCAGUCUAUUGAUUCUUAGGAUAAUUCCCACAUUUAUGGAGUUUCACUACCGUCUGCGGGGCUCUGACACCUGCCUGCCAUGUGACUGCUACCCGGUGGGUUCCUUCUCGCGGUCAUGUGACCCAGAGACAGGCCAGUGCCAGUGCAGGCCCGGCGUGAUUGGUCGCCAGUGCAACAUAUGUGACAGCCCCUUCGCUGAGGUCACUAACUCAGGCUGUGAUGUCAUUUAUGAUGGUUGUCCAAAGACCAUCACUCAAGGGAUCUGGUGGCCUCGGACCAAGUUCAACCUGCCUGCCGCAGUGCCCUGCCCCAAAGGCUCUGUCGGUGCUGCCAUCAGACACUGUGAAAUGGAGAGAGGAUGGCUGGAGCCAGACCUCUACAACUGCACCUCACCUCCCUUUGUGGAGCUCAAUGCUGCUCUUGAUUCUCUGGAGCGUAAUGAGACAGAGCUGAACACCAUCAUGGAGAAGAAACUCGCCCACCAGCUCCGUGACGUCACCGAGGCAACCGCUCGACUCUACGGCAACGACUUGCAGAUCGCCGAACGGCUGCUGUCCCGCCUCCUGACCUUCGAGACCCAACAGAGCGGCUUCGGACUCACCGCUACACAGGACGCACAUUUUAAUGAGAAUGUUGUGCGGGGCUGCAGUGUGCUGUUGGGUCCUGGUACCUCAGGGCUUUGGCGGGCUCUUGCUCAGAGUCAGAACCACAUCCCGGGCGGUGGUCCGGCCGAGCUGACUGAGCUGCUGGAGCAGUACACCCAGAAGCUGGCCCAGAACAUGAAGCUCACCUACCUCAACCCUGUGGCGCUGGUUUCUCCAAACAUAGUCAUGAACCUGGACCGUGUGGAGAACCAGACCCAUGUGCGGCGGCGAUUCCCGCGUUACCACACCACCCUGUUUCGCGGCCAGGCUUUGUGGGAUCCCAACACCCAUGUGAUACUGCCCCCUGCUGCCCUGGUGCCCCAACGACAGCAACAACAACACAACUGGAAGGAGAAGGAGCGGACGGAGAAAGAGACCUUGGUUCCUCAGAACGCUGCUCCGGCCUCCGUCAGUAUCUCAGCCAAUCAAACAGGAGAAUACACUGCAGCCAGACGCACUGUUUCACUGCCAGAGCCGCCCAUCACCAUCGUCAUCUUGCUGAUCUAUCGCAGUCUGGGCGGCGCCCUCCCUCCCAAGUACCACACAGACCGACGAGGAGUGAGGCUUCCCAGACACCCGGUAAUGAACUCCCCGGUGGUCAGUAUCUCUGUCUACAACAACCAAACAUUUGUGGGCGGACACUUGGACCAGCCCAUCCUGCUUGAGUUCAAGCUGCUGGAGACGGCCAAUCGCAGCAAGCCACUGUGUGUGCAGUGGAACCACAGCAGUCUGUAUGAGUUAGGAGGUUGUUGGACAGUCAGGGACUGUAUGGUGGUGUACAGGAACACCUCUCAUGUCCGCUGUCAGUGCCAGAGACUGGGCACCUUCGGCGUGUUGAUGGACAGUUCACACAGAGAGCAGUUGGAGGGGGAUCUGGAGACGCUGGCCCUGGUCACAUACUCCUCUCUGUGCGUCUCCAUGCUGGCCCUCCUCUUCACUGUCCUGGUGCUCUCCUGCCUCCGAGGCCUCAAGUCCAACACCAGAAGCAUCCAUUCAAACACAGCGGCGGCCAUGUUUUUGUCGGAGCUGGUGUUUCUGCUCGGGGUCAAUCAGACGGAACAACAGUUCCUGUGUACGGUCGUGGCCAUUCUCCUGCAUUACUUCUUCAUGUCCACGUUUGCCUGGUUGUUCGUCGAGGGCCUUCAUAUCUACCGCAUGCAGACGGAGCAGCGCAACAUCAACUACGGUGCCAUGAGGUUCUACUACGCCAUCGGCUGGGGCGUGCCCGCCAUCAUCACAGGCCUGGCGGUCGGCUUGGACCCAGAGGGCUACGGGAACCCAGACUUCUGCUGGAUCUCCAUCUAUGACAAACUCAUCUGGAGCUUUGCUGGUCCGAUAGCCAUCGUCAUACUGAUGAAUGGGGGGAUUUUCAUGAUUGUCGCCAAGAUGUCCUGCAAUCCCUCUCAGAAGGAGAGCAAGAAGCUCCCUGUCAUUGCUACUAUUCGCAACGCCUUCCUGCUGUUGCUGCUGGCCACCUCCACCUGGCUGUGUGGUCUGAUGGCUGUGAACAACAGCAUCCUGGCUUUCUAUUACAUAUUCGAUGUCCUCUGCCUAGUGCAGGGUGUGUCGGUGAUGCUGGUCUUCACUGUGUUCAACUCAGAGGUGAAAGAGGCCUGGAGUGUAGCCUGUUUGGGAAAGAAGAGCCCCGGAGAAGACCCACCAAGACCAUCGCAGAACACUGCUCAGAACCCCUAUCACAACGCAUCUCUUUUGGAGCAGAGCGGGCUGCACCGCAUCACCCUGGGAACCUCCACCAUCUCCUCUGUCAGCUCCGCCAGAGAAAAUCUUUUGGCUCGUCAGACUCUGGAACAAAACAUCGUUCAAACCGGAGCGACAGACCUGGAUGUGGCCAUGUUCCACAGAGACGGAGGUGAGGAUUCAGACUCAGACUCAGACCUCUCCAUGGAGGAGGAGCGCAGUCUCUCCAUCCCUUCCUCUGAGAGCGAGGACAACGUCCGACUCCGUGGGCGCAUCCAGCGGCGAUUCAAACGCUCCAAUCACAGCGAGCGUCUGCUCACAGAGCCCACCCACAAUGGCACCAAAGAUUUGGAUGGCAAUGACCUUCUGUCCUACUGGCCAGCUUUGGAGGAGUGUGAGACACACAGCCUUCAGAAGUGGGGCUCAGAGCGCCCCCUGGGGGCAGAUUACAGCAAGGACGCCGCCAACAACAACCAACCUGACGCCGCGCUGACCAGCGGGGACGAGAACGGCCUCACCCAGCCACACAGGCACCGCAAGGGUAUCCUGAAGAAUCGUCUCGGCUGUCCCCCGGCACUCCAGGGUCUUUCCACCAUGGGCCGGGUCCCCAGUGAGCUCAACUGGUACCGUACCUCUACUCUGGGCCAUCGGGGUGUUCCUGCAGCCUCGUACGGUCGCAUGUACUCUGCCGGUGGAGGUUCCGGCUCUCUCUCUCAACCGGCUUCCCGCUACUCCUCCAGGGAACACCUGGACUCUCUGUCCCGGAGGCAGCUGUCCAGGGAUACACUAGGGAGGCAGACAGUAGGGGGGUCGAGAGACCGACUGGACUCCCGGGGUUCCAGGGACAACCUGGAUCUCUUACCAAGGAGGAGAGAGCUGGGGCAGGGAGCAGGGCUCGGGGGCCUAGGUCUGGAUCACCAGCGAGUCUCAUCAUCCAGGGAGAACUUGUCAGGAUCCAGGGACAGACUGGACAACCACCACACAGGGAGCGUCCACACCUCGAGGGAGGACUUGAGUGGGGGAGCGGGAAUGGAGGGAUACCUCAGCGGCUCGAGGUCGCAGCUCAACUCGCUAACUCGGCGGCAGGCCUCAUCCCGGGAGCACCUCGGGGGGGCGCUGAUGAGCAGCAGGUCGAGGGAGCAGCUUGAGACCAAUGGAAGUGGAGUCCAGGCUCAGCCAUGUCGGGAGUGGCUCCGUACUCUGCCUCCACGCCAGCCCUCGCACCCUGACCAGCCUCCCUCCUCCUCCCCUCCUCCCCCGAUCUCUGAAGAGCCCCAGCAAGACCAGCUCCCGUCUCACCUCAGAGGACGGCUGGACUCUGCACCGCCAUGUAUGUACCCCGGUCAGACUGUCCCGCAGGUCGCAGGUUCAAGUCCAAACACUCUUGGUCGACAACCGUCCAGUGAACACCUGGAUAUUCUGUCCUCCAUCCUGGCAUCCUUCAGCUCCUCUGUCCUCACUCCUCCCCCUGCUGCCUCUAACCCUGGUCCUAAUGGCUCCGCCCAUGGACACUCACCCUCCCUGUCCCAGUCAGCCACCUCCCACAGCAUAUCGGAAGUCUCCCCCGACUCUGAAGCCAACAGAAGUGAAGGACAGUCUUGAUGACAGCCUACAUAUCCCUUUAUGCAUUGCAGUGCUUGGAACACCAGGUUCAAAGGUCAUAGAUGGUCCUGAACCACUGGGGAACCCUGGGACAGAGGAGACACUGAGUUGGGAAGAAAGUAUGACAGAGAAAGCGUCCAUGAGGAUGAAAAAGGAUGCUCGUGGGCAGUUUGUACUGUGUAAAUCCCACCGCCUUCAAUGAUCUACGAUGUUUCUUUGGACGAUGAGUCAACCACCUCUACUACCUAAAAACACAAAAUCCUCAGAUUUCAAACGCAGAAGUCGGCUUGAUCCAGACAACAUCCGUCUAAAGGAAGAACAAAAAGAAAAGACUGUAAAUAACAUUUUUAUACAUUUUGUAUCUUUUACAUUGGAGAUGAAGAAGAAAUCUCUUGUGAUGUUUUCUUUCUUUCUUUCUUUUUUUUUAAACGAUUGUGUCCGUGUGAGGUUGUGAGGGAGGUUGGUGGGAGUGCAGUCUUGUUCGUUGCUGAGGGAGGUAUUUCCCCCACAAAGAAAAAAAAAAUCCCUGAAACUUCUCCCUGAAAACAGUUUUUCUCAGAAACUUUCCUCACACUCAUCAACUGUGUGUAUAGCGACAGCAGGGGUCCGGCAAUAGUAUCUGAUGAGAUUAUCAAAAACCGCGCCACGUGGUUGAAGGGAAAUAUCAAAGUAACGAGAAGUGAUUGUAAAUAGAGGAAGGGAUUAUUAUAAGAGAAGAGAUUUGAUGGAAGAUGAUUGUGAAGAGAAAGAUGGCCAACGUUAAGCUACAACACCACAGGGAGGUUCAGAGUUGGAGUGUCAGAGUAUCGUCUCAUCCAGGAGAUUGUGCUGUCUUGUGAUCCACUGUAUAUGAAUGUGACCUUGUCAUCCGUCUGUGUAUCUUUGUGCCUGGUGCUGAGACCUGAUGGGUGGAGUUAGAUAUCUGUCUGCUUCUCUGUGUCAUGUAACAACCACUUAAAGACCCUCAAAGUAUUUUGCUCUUUGAUGCAUCACGACUCAACCUGCCUCAAGAGACGCCACAGGAGCAGUCGAAUCUCUCCGGCAGCAUCCAGGAGACUCACUUAUUAAAUUUUUUCUUGCAAAAGUUCUGCGCAAAUCCAAGCCAAAGGGACAACCGCUUAAAAAUCAACAAUACAUUCUUGUUCUCUUGUGCAGGGUGUGAACGCUCUGGAUGUAAUUCACAGUUGUGUUUAAAUGUGAUUGAAAAAAUUAGUUUUUCAUAAUGAGCCUCUUGAUCUGCACUAGAACAUAACUCGCUGUGUUUAUCAUUUCAUUUGGCUGCAUACUAAAUAUGAAAGUGGAUUUUGGUUUGGCGUGUAGGAGGAGAGCGGAUCAGAGGGAAGACACGUCCAAGUGUGCUCAGAUAUUUUAUUUGGAGGUCACAAAGCAAACCUUUGGUACAUAUCCAGAAUGCAUUGGCUGAUGUCUGUAGCAUAUGAAUCCCAUGCCAGAUUUAUUCCCUUGCUUGGCUGAACACAGUUGCUGGGAAAUUACUUCAGAAUAUCCUUGAAAUGGGAAAUUUCCUGACUUUGCUAACAGGCUGUCAUUGAUGAAGAGGUUCCACACCAGAACACAUUAAUACAGAUUUGCUCUCAUUGUUUAGACCGCUGUGCAAAGAUGAGGUCUCUUGCAAGAUCCAGCGUCGCCUCUGCAGCACCGUACCAGUUUGCUGAGGAGAGGAGUCAGUUGUGUCAGCACUAAAAGCCUCUAAGUGGUUUUGAGUUCCAGGUCUUUCCAUCAGCAGCUGUUCCUUUCUCACAGCUGUUGGAGCGAGCGCAAGUUCAGGCCUUAAGGUAACAACACACAGGCAUUUGUAAGCAAUGGAGACAGACAGGCAGUCUCCACCAGCCUUCAAAGGGAUUUAAGGGAUUGUGGCAAACAUAACUGUGUUUUUUUGUAAUGACAGAAAUGCAGUGUUUCUGUAUUACUAAAAAUGUGUUGUCUGCGUGUGCCCGAGCAGAGAGCACGGUGACAGUCAAACAAUACUUCAAAACAAUAGAGCACAAUGAGCAAAAGAAUAAAUCAUGAAGUUCAAAACCAGACAAGGAUGAAACAAAUUGGGUCAGAAACCGUGACUGUGUGCAAAAUGUAACUGCAGGGCCGCGAACGUUACUCAUCGCAGAGAGGAAGGGAAAUGGAAAUGCAGAUAGUGGAAAUAAAAAUACACACCUCACAAAUGCAUAUCUCCCUGCUCUGUCAUCCCCAUUUUCCUGGGAGGUGAAAAGUGAACAUAUUUUUUAAAGUAGUAUUGCCAAAAAAUGCUCCUGCAGGGGAACACAACCCACUAGUCGGUUAAAGGGGUAGUACACCUAAAAUAUCUGCGUUUGAUUCCUCCUCACCCUUUUCAUUCAGCUGCUCCAUUUUAUUUAUUUUUCUUCACAAAUCUGUUUGUUAUCUUCAACUGACAGUACCUUUAACUUGUACAGACAUGAGAUUUAUUUUAUUUAUUUAUUGAUAAUUUAUUGACAUUGUAUUGAUUAUUUAUGUUGCCAUUUUGAAUGAGGUUGUUGUUAAAGAAGUAUGUGGAUUAUUUUUAUUUUUGGCAAAAUGUUUCCUUUUUCUGUUUCAGAUCAAAAUGUCUCUGUUUACAAUGUCAUGCAGGACACUUAAUUUGGUUUCUUUAUCUAAUCAUGGAGGUGAAAUGUGGAAAGAUUUGACAAAACAAACUCAAAUGAUCCACCUUUAUAUCGGUGCAUUUAUCCCCCCCAGACAGAAUGUCAACAUAUCCAAACUAAAAGUUGAACACUUGGCAUAGUGCAGAUAUGCCCCAAAUCAAACCUUUUCCCUCCCUGUGAUCGAUCCAUUCACAUGCACACAAUCAGGUCCUUCACUGGUCAUGUAUGUGCUUUUAUACACAACAGUCAGACGUCAGUAACACAAAACUCCUGCUUCAGGUUAAUGUGGUCCGGACCAACAGGAGUGAGGGGAGACAGAAACGUUGUGAUGUGCUCUGGAACAGGAACACAGUGGGGAAGUGAUGGGAGGAAAGAAACAGUGAGAGAAAGUCGUGAGAGGAGGAAGGAUGGGAGAUUGUCUUUGUUAGCUUGUGUGUUCAUUAUGGGAUGCCUUCUAUCCCGCCGUCGGCAAGGGGAUGGCGGCAUGGAAACAGCUGUUCCCCUGUUACCGCGGAAACAAGAGAAAUGUUGGAUAUUAAAAAAUGACUUAUUCCUA